UUGGACUUGGACUUGCCAUAUUUCCCCCUCGUCGCUCGUUCUGGUCUGGAUCGUUUCGCACUGAACUCUUCACACUCUUUUUCUGUUUUUACUGUCUCUGUCUCUGUCGCAUUCGUCGCAUCCACCACACUCCGCAUCCCCACUGUCUUCUACAUACAUGCAGCACACAUGGCUCAAUCAACAUACGGCGCGUGCGGACAUCAUUCCCGGCGCCAUCCCUUCGACCUAUUCUUCUUCCUUGGGCCUUCGCGAGCACUCCCUCAUCUAUUCUUCACGGACGCAUACACACUCGUCGGGUGACGUGGCGACCCUUCUCCGGACAGGCCACCCUUACCCUUCUACUUCCAAAAUUUCGGCCUGAGCGCCCAUCGGGACACCUUCCACACCUCCGUUCGAGGUGCCGAAUCGUCUUCCCUAUUUCGACACUCCUACAUAGGAUCAUCCCCACAAAAAGUAUUCACGCUCAAAAGACGCGCCCCGCGCGCAGGUUCAUCGCGCGUGCCCCGCGUCGAUCACGCUUCGGCUCUAUUUUCUCGAAGACCAGCUCUCCUUUUUCUUUCUUUUCGUUGACCUCGCGGUGAUCGUGACGUCGACGUCGUGGUGGGAUUCUGGUUUUUAGGAUUCGGGUGUGGUGUGGUCUUUUUCUUUAUUGUAGCUAAUUGUAUACGUAGUUUAUGUUCGGCGUAUGUCUUGGUUGAAAUAUAUAGAUUUCUGUUUUUCUGUCC